CUGGCUCACUUGGACUGGGUGCAGUGCAGUACUGUAAUUACCGUACCGUACGGUACUCUGUAGAGAGUGAAAAAGAGGCGCUUGUCUAACUUAUUAGCUCCACCCAACUGAAGCCUGGAUUUUGAUAGCUUUCAUCAAACAACAACUCUCAUUUCGCAACCUCUCAACCGUCAACUGUCAAUUUUCAUCCAGCUUUAGUACAUCAAUACACUUACAGAGUAAACCAAUCAUGGCAGAAUCAGAUCUUGCCCCAAAGUUCGCCCCCUUCUUUGGAAUGGCUGGUAUCGCCUUUGCGAUGACUUUCGGAUGUAUCGGUGCCGCAUAUGGCACGGCAAAGUCUGGCAUCGGAAUUGCAGGUGUUGGUACUUUUAGACCGGACUUGAUCAUGAAAUCGCUUAUACCUGUCGUCAUGUCUGGUAUCAUUGCAGUCUACUCUCUCGUCAUCGCCGUUCUGAUAGCUGGAGAUAUGGGACCACCUCCGGGCCAGAGUUAUAGUUUAUUCAAUGGAUUCAUGCAUUUGGCAUGUGGUCUGUCAGUUGGAUUAACGGGCCUGGCCGCUGGUUAUGCAAUUGGUGUAGUUGGUGAUAUGGGCGUUCGAUCAUACAUGCAACAGUCACGAAUCUUUGUUGGAAUGGUCUUGAUAUUGAUUUUCGGCGAGGUCCUAGGACUAUACGGCUUGAUUGUCGCACUCAUUCUCAAUACCAAGAGCAGGGGUUAGAGAUUCAUCCAACGGAAGCAAAUACUCCUUUUUCGGUCAUACAACAACAUUAUUUGAUUAGAUAUGAAGUGAUGGCAUUAAUAGGAGUUUGGGUCGUUUAUAGUUUGUAACAAACAUGCCGCAAAUGUUUGACAAUCGAUCACUGUGUACAACAUCUUCCAAAACAAGCGCGAUUAUAAUCUAUCAACAGUCGGACGGCGAACUCGCGCUUCAUAAAUGUCACUUGUCACACUUGCCCAAUCUCCGUUCAGUAUUUACGCGCAAAAAUAUCUCCCGCGCAGCAUACAUAUUCCACAGACUUGGGGGGAUUCCAUUCCUUGUCAGGUGGGUUUCCAUCAAGUUGUGUGUGGUUGUACACCAUCUUUAUCCAACAUUGUAUACUAUUCAUAUCUUAUCAUUUCUUCUUUGUACACUUUUCCAACUGAUAGGGCCCGUCGGUGUUUCCUUGUGUUCUCUCGUGUAUUGCUCUUGUUUUCACAUGAGACGUUGACAGGUUAUCUCCUUCCGGGAUUGGUUAUCAUUUUGUUGAUGUUUGCACACCUUACCUAGCGAUUCUUAAUCCAGUUGGGCGCCUAGCCGCGGCACUGAGCAAGGCUCGAAUGCUGCAGCCAUUCUGCGUUCAAGGGGGAUACUAUGAAGGUGUAGAAAGGGCUUCCAGCCUUGCCUCUCCGGUUGUUUUGGAAAGGGGCGGUAGGAGAUACAAAAUGCAUGUAAUGACAACUCUAUAUAUCCCUGAG